AUGCGAAGGCCGAGCGCGGUGUGGCUGCUGGGGGGCACCAUCCUGCUGGCGGCCUCUGUCUCCUGCAAUCACACCGUCCCAGGAGUCAAUAGAUCCAGUAAAGGAAGAAGUCUAAUUGGUAAGAUUGAUGGCUCAUCUCACAUCCCUGGGGAAGGAGUUACAGUGGAACCAAGAUUUUCUGUGGAUGAGUUUUCUGCCUCCGUCCUCACUGGAAAACUGACUACUGUCUUUCUUCCAAUUGUCUACAUGAUUGUAUUUGUGGUUGGUUUGCCGAGUAAUGGCAUGGCCCUGUGGGUCUUUCUUUUCCGAACAAAGAAGAAGCACCCUGCUGUGGUUUACAUGGCCAGUCUGGCCUUGGCAGACCUCCUCUCUAUCAUCUGGUUACCUUUGAAGAUUGCCUAUCACAUACAUGGCAACAACUGGAUUUAUGGGGAAUCUCUUUGCAAGGUACUCAUUGGUUUUUUCUAUGGCAACAUGUACUGCUCCAUUCUCUUCAUGACCUGCCUCAGCGUACAGAGGUACUGGGUUAUUGUGAACCCCAUGGUGCACACCAAGAAGAAUGCAAACAUCGCCAUCGGUAUCUCCCUAGGGAUAUGGCUGCUGAUUUUGCUGGUUACCAUCCCUUUGUAUGUCGUGAAGCAGACCGCUUACAUUCCAGCCCUUAACAUCACGACCUGUCAUGAUGUUUUACCGAAGGAGGUGCUGGUGGGGGACAUGUUCAAUUAUUUCCUGUCUCUGGCCAUUGGAGUCUUUCUGUUCCCAGCCAUCCUUAUGGCUUCUGCCUAUGUGCUGAUGAUCAGAACACUUCAGUCUUCUGCCAUCGAUGAAAACUCAGGAAAGAAGAGGAAGAGAGCCAUCAAACUUAUUGUCACUGUCCUGGUCAUGUACCUGAUCUGCUUCACUCCUAGUAACCUUCUGCUUGUAGUACAUUAUUUCAUGAUUAAAAACUGGGGCCAGAGCCAUGUCUACGCCCUGUACAUUGUAGCCCUCUGCCUCUCCACCCUCAACAGCUGCAUCGACCCCUUUGUCUAUUACUUUGUUUCAGAAGACUUUAGGAAUCAUGCAAAGAAUGCUCUUCUUUGUCGAAGUGUCCGUACAGUAAAGCGGAUGCAAAUAUCCCUCAUAUCAAAGAAAUCCUCCAGGAAAUCCAGCUCUUACUCUUCAAGUUCAACUACCAUUAAAACCUCCUAUUGAGUAUUCCAGCUCCUCCAAUGGAAGUCUCGCAGGAGGAUUUGGAGCUUGCUUAAUGUUACGGGGAUAUUUCUGUUGUUUCC